CUAUUGUUUGAUGUGAUAAAUUAAAGUAAACCAUCCGUCCUGUUGUGAUGUACUUUUAUACAGUGAUGAGAUAAUGUUUAGAAGGAAGGAUUGAACAUUCUUGCUGAAAAGGGAGUCAGUACGGUCGAUUGACAUUCGCUGUGAAAUCACAUCUGAUGUCAUCGACUGGUAUGGAGAUCUAAUGAACAGGAAUGAAGUAAAAAAAGGAAAAUUCAAAAGGUGGUUCUUCGUUGCAUCUUUGGCAGGUGACUGCCAACUGGACAUUGAUAGUGGAAAUCCUCUACUAACUCCAGACGAUUACUACGACAAAGUGGACUUGGACAUCACCAACAAAGAAUGGGCAAAAAACCUCAGCUUCACAAAAUGUAACCUUUGGUUCUUCCCUUACUGUGAUAACAAGCACUACAUCAUGAUUUGUGUCAACAUCAAAGCAGAGAGAUUUAAAGUACUCGACAGUCUCCGUCACAAAGAUUUUGAAGAAUACUACAAACCAAUGACAGAGAGGGUUGUCCAGUACGCAAUCAACUACAUGAAGACACAGUUUGCAGACAAGACAGUAAAGUGGGAAAGGUUUACCUGGUUCAACCUCGGGAAGGUUACACAACCAGAUGAUAAGUCAUGUGGGAUGUACAUCAUCAGGUGGAUGAGACACUGGGAAGGUAAGUACAACAGUGCCCUGACCAAAGACUGGAAGAUGAUUGAUCUCAUAAAUGAAGAAAGGGAGUGCCUGAUGUUGGACAUCAUUCUUAAUGAAGACAAUCUUGAACGGGAUAGGAUCAUGAAAGAAAUCAACAAAGUACUGCAACAUGAAGAACAAGAGGAAGAUUUGAAAGAAAGGAGAUGAAAAUUCUAUUAUGGUUUGUGUUAAGUAGUAGGAGGGUAUAAGUAAGCUUUUGAGAACAAACUCACAAUGUUCAGUAGCCACUUCAUUCUAGUUAGUAGGAUGGUAUGAAACAACUUAUUAUGGUGUGUGUUAUUACU